AUGCCGAACACCACAAGAUUAAACGCAGAAGAGAGGAAACGAGGCGAGAUCGCUCUCAGCGAGUUCGCCGAGUACGCGGAUAAGCAGCAGGCCCAGCGCCCCGCCUACGCCGCGCCCCGCGAUAGCGGGUACUCUGCCGGCACUGCUGAAGUGUCGCGGGAUGUCGAGGAUCACGCAGAGCUCGAAAUACUCGACUCGCUCGGCCUGUCCGAUACCCCGCGCACGGUCAAGUUAAAGGACCUCCUGCUCGGUACGGGAGAUGCCUCCGAGGACGGCCUAAAGGAGCUGGGUGAAACAAUACAACUACGAAUUGAUGAAGGCCACGGAGAGACUCUAUUCGAUCUUGGACUCGAGGAUGGUGGAGACUCAAUGGGCUUCGACAUUCCCCAAUGGGAAACAGCACUCAAGCGGCUGACCGAGGCGGCUGAGAGCCUUCCGGCACAUUGCCGUAUCCUUAUGACCUACAAUGUGGGCGGCGAGAAAGAGUCACCGGUGACAAAUGAUCGAAUAGCUGGCGCCUGGGGUAAAAUCCUGAUCCGCCAAGAUGCUGCCAAUGUGGAGGAAGUUGGGGAGGUCCGCAUUGCAGUCGUGGGCAACGUCGACGCGGGGAAGAGUACCAUGCUCGGAGUCCUGGUAAAAGGCGGACUUGAUGAUGGCCGUGGUCGUGCCAGAGUCAACCUAUUCCGCCACAAGCACGAGAUCGAGAGCGGCCGUACCAGCUCCGUGGGCAUGGAAAUCAUGGGCUUCGACAGCCACGGCGAGAUCGUCACCAAUGCCCAAGGACGGAAACUCUCCUGGGAGGAGAUUGGGAAACGCUCAGCGAAAGUGAUUUCCUUCUCCGAUCUGGCAGGCCAUGAGCGCUACCUGCGCACCACCGUCUUCGGUAUGCUGAGCAGCAGCCCUAACUACUGCCUACUGAUGGUGGCUGCCAACAAUGGGCUGAUUGGUAUGAGCCGUGAGCAUCUGGGAAUUGCCUUGGCUCUGAAUGUGCCAGUCAUGGUGAUUGUCACCAAGAUCGACAUAUGUCCGCCUCAGAUUCUCCAGGAGACCCUGUCCCAGCUGGCCAAGAUUCUCAAGUCGCCUGGUGCGCGGAAGAUUCCUAUCUUCGUAAAGGACAUGGAGGAAACUAUCAACACCGCCACCCAGUUCGUCAGCCAGCGGAUAUGUCCCAUUUUCCAGGUGUCCAACGUCACCGGCGAGAACCUGGAGCUCGUCCGGACAUUUUUGAAUAUUCUGCCCCACCGCGGACAUUACGAUCAGGACGGGCCUUUUGAAUUCCUUAUCAACGACACCUUCUCCGUCCCGCACGUGGGCACGGUAGUAUCGGGCGUGGUCAAGUCGGGCGUCAUUCACGCAGGCGACUCGGUAGUCGUUGGCCCCGACUCCCUGGGACAAUUCACGACUACGACCAUCAAAUCUAUCGAGAGGAAACGAAUCCAGGUGAAUGCCUGCUCCGCGGGACAGUCUGGGUCCUUUGCACUGAAGCGUGUGCGUCGCAAAGAAGUGCGCAAGGGCAUGGUUGUCCUGAGGAAGAUGGAUACUCCUCCCAAGGUGUACCGGGAAUUUGUCGCAGAAGUCUUGAUUCUGUCGCAUGCAACCACAAUCAAGCCUAGAUAUCAGGCCAUGCUCCACGUGGGGGCCGUCAGCCAAACCUGUGCGGUCAUCGACAUAGACCGCCCAUUCAUUCGAACCGGCGAUCGGGCCCUUGUAGCCUUCCGGUUCAUCCAACGCCCCGAGUUCCUGGCACCGGGCGACCGAGUACUCUUCCGUGAGGGCAAGACAAAGGGACUUGGAAUCGUGAAAAGCAUUGGCUACGACCCCGCACACCCCCUGAGCAAUGCCACACAAGCCGACACGACGAGAUAA